CUCAUGUGAAAAAGCACCAUCCUCCUCGCCCUCUCACCUUUUUUUCCAGCCCCCCAGAUCUUGCAAUGGCCUCCAAAUCCCUUCCCAGACCUCUCCUGAGGUUUGCAGCACCAGCCCAGCAAUGUCGCUUCUACUCCCAACCCUCCGCUUCGAUAUUCAGAGCUUGCCCCGCAUCACGUCGAGCUGGUCGCAGCGUGUCACGAGCCACAAGACCCGUCUUUGUGGCCGGCCAAAGACGCUCCAUUUCUGCCAGCUUGCAGCGACGCUAUGCUGACGUCGAGGAGGACGGAGGCUUCGACCCAGCCUCCGUCGAGCGCGAGUCCGAUCAGGUCGACGUCUGCAUCGUGGGCGCCGGCCCAGCGGGACUAAGUGCUGCUAUUCGGUUAAAGCAGCUAGCCAACGAGGCCGGCAACGAGGAAUUUCGCGUGGUCGUCCUGGAAAAAGCUGGGGAGGUGGGCGCGCACAUCCUGUCCGGUAACGUGUUGGAACCGAGGGCAAUAAAUGAGUUGAUCCCGGAUUGGUUGAGUGAGGACAACGAAAAUCGAUUUACGCUGGCCACGCCUGCCGGGUCGGAUAAGAUGCGGUUCUUGACAAAAUCAGGCGCCAUUCCUAUACCGGCGCCGCCGCAGAUGCACAACGAGGGCAACUAUAUCAUUUCUCUGAGCCAAUUUACCAAGUGGUUGGGUGAGAGAGCUGAAGAGGUGGGUGUCGAAAUCUACGCGGGCUUCGCGGGUGCGGAGAUCCUUUACAAUAACGAAGGCGCAGUCAAGGGCGUUGCUACGAACGACCAGGGCGUGGGGAGAAACGGAAAAGCAAAAGCCAGCUUUGAGCGAGGGAUGGAGUUCCACGCUAGGGUGACCCUUUUGGCAGAGGGAUGCCAUGGCAGUUUGACCAAGCAGGUGUCCAAGAAGUUUGAUCUGCGGAGGGACUGCCAACCGCAAACCUAUGGGCUUGGAGUGAAAGAGGUCUGGGAAGUGCAACCUGACAAGUUCAAGAAGGGCGAGAUAUCUCAUACCAUGGGGUAUCCGCUGUCGAAGGACACGUAUGGUGGCGGAUGGAUGUAUCACUUCGGAGACAACUUGGUCAGCCUGGGGUUGGUCGUUGGCCUCGACUAUGCCAACCCUUGGAUCUCCCCCUACGGCGAAUUUCAGCGCAUGAAGCUCCAUCCAUUCUACAAGUCGGUCCUGGAAGGUGGCAAGUGCAUCGCAUACGGCGCUCGCGCCCUCAACGAAGGCGGCUUCCAAUCUAUACCGAAAUGUGCAUUCCCUGGAGGCGCCUUGAUCGGCGACACGGCUGGCUUCCUCAAUGUGCCCAAGAUCAAGGGCACGCACACGUCGAUGAAAUCUGGCAUGUUGGCUGCCGAGGCCGCCUAUCAAGCUCUUGCUCACAACAAAGAAACAAGCACCAUCUUCCUGUACAACUACGAGGACGCCCUGCGGGAAAGCUGGAUCUGGCCGGAACUCAAAGCGGUGCGCAACAUGCGACCGUCUUUCCACAACCCCCUCGGCCUCUAUGGGGGCAUCAUGUACUCUGGCCUUGAGGCUUACAUCUUCCGUGGCAUGAUGCCUUGGACUCUGAAGCACAAGCAACCCGACUGGGCGGCCACGAAGCCCGCAGAUAAGUUCUCCAAGAUCGAGUAUCCGAAGCCUGACGGCGAAAUCACCUUUGAUAUCUUGACCAGUGUGUCACGGACCGGCACGAAUCACGAGGAGGAUCAGCCCGUGCAUCUGCAGGUGAAGGAUUGGGAUGCCCAUGCGCAGAAAGAGUGGCCGAAGUACAAAGGCGUCGAGAACCGGUUUUGUCCCGCUGGUGUGUAUGAGUAUGUGGAGGAUGACACGAAGGAUAUUGGAGUGCGGUUUCAGAUCAACGCUCAGAACUGCAUCCAUUGCAAAACGUGCGAUAUCAAAGUGCCAGACCAAGACAUCAAUUGGCAAACUCCACAAGGUGGUGAAGGGCCAAGCUACAGUAUCACUUGAGGUAUCUCAUGGGAGGACAUUGUGACCAGGGAACAGUGACUCGACCUAUCCAAUGGGUAUCAAGAGAAGUAUUCUUCCAUCGCGCUGCGCGGCGUCUCUAUCGAGGCUGGUUUUCACUCUCGGCGGGAUCCGUAUGCAAUAUGCUUGAGUCCUAGACAGUUCUGGGAGGUCGACCUCUCCUGUGCAGUUUGCAAAAGGAAUCGGAGUGUUUGAUCUGGUCAGACACAAACCGAACCUGAUCUCCAGUGGGCACCAUCACCCUCCCUCUGACCAACCAACCAGGAUCUGCAAGGAAGGAGAAAUGAAAUGGACACAUUUUCAACCUCAGAGAGGUAGAAGGGGAAAAUGGGAGGGCCGAGGAGAGAAGAGAAAUGUACGCACUCUCAGAGGCACUACAGGACAAAGACAGCCUUCCGUCCUCAUCGCCGUGUCCCAUUGCAUAUAGUCAAUUGAAUAUAAUCCAGUCUCCGUCUAAA